AUGGACUCGUCAAAUGGCUUCCUCACAGGUGCUGCAAGAGAGAACGCAAUCAAUCAUGCCGGCAACAUUGACAGACUCGCGUUCCAAGUGAACAUAGGCGUGUUUACAGGCCUCGCCAUCCUCACCGUCAUCGUCCGCUUCGUCAUCAGGCUGCACAAGCUCCGAGCUCUGUACCUCGAUGACUACCUUCUCAUAUUCGGCGCGGCGUGCCUCGUCGUCGCCCUCGCCAUGCUCUACUGGUACGGCCGGGAUCUGUUCCUGGUCGAGGCCCUGAACAUGAUGCCGACGAAGGUGACGCUGGCGUCACUGGACGAGCUGAAUUCGCUGUUCGAAACCAACAAGAUCAUCCAAGUCUUCCUCGCCAUGAUCUGGACGUCGACGUUCGCCGUCAAGUUCUCGUUCCUCGCUUUCUUCAAGACGCUCGUCUGGACCAAGCUGUCGCGGCGCAUGGCGUGGUAUUUCUGGUUCGUCGUCGUCUUGACGGCGCUGUCGUGGGGGUUCGUCGUCUCUGAGGGCUUCAUCCUUUGCCCUUACUUCGGAACCGAGGCUGUCAAAUGCUUCCCGAACACUCCGCACGUCGAGAACAUAGCUCUGACCGCUCUCGUCACGGUGCUCGACAUUGUCACAGAUAUCUUGGUCGUGUCGUUCCCGAUCAUCAUCCUCCACCGAGCGAACAUGAACCUGUCACAAAAGGUGGGGCUCGGCGUGUUCCUGUCGCUGUCGCUGGUCAUGGCCAUCAUCGCCAUCGUCCGGAUGGUCGGGAGCAUCCGCCCCGGGCUGAAGAGCCUGGACGUGUCCUGGGAGCUCUUCUGGCAGCAGAUGGAGGGCUGCAUCGCCAUCAUGAUGGGCUCCAUGUCGGCCUUCCGCACCGUCUUCAGCGGGAGGGGCCCCGUCCGUGCGAGGAACGUCGUGGCCGAUGGUGGGGGACUCUCGCCGCAGGAUAGUGAGAAAGGGUCGUCGUCGCUCUCGCGAGUGCGCCAGUUGUUCGCGCAAAAGGGGCAGAAGCGAGUGUCUGAGGGAAGCAGUGGCGAACAGUCUCCGGCGUGA